AUGAACAUUUUAAUUUCAUUACCAUUAUUUCUAUUCGUUGGCUCUGUAAAGCUCGAAAUCGAGGCUCCGUCUAAGCGAUUAAACGCUCUCGUGAUUCUCGCCGAUGAUGGAGGUUUCGAAAUGGGAACUUACAGAAAUAAAAUAUGCCAAACGCCCAAUUUGGACAACCUAGCAAAAAACAGUUUGAUUUUCAACAAAGCCUUCACGUCGGUAAGCAGUUGCUCGCCUAGUCGAGCGGCCUUGUUAACCGGAAUGCCCAGCCACCAGAACGGCAUUUACGGUUUACAUCAAGGCGUGCACCAUUUCGAUUCCUUCCAAGACGUUAAAAGCAUAUCUAAAAUUUUGAAGGAAAAUGGAAUUCGAACAGGUAUCAUCGGAAAGAAACACGUCGGUCCGGACAACGUAUAUCCCUUCGAUUACUCCCAAACCGAAGAAAACAACUCGAUACUGCAAGUAGGCCGUAACAUCACCCACAUAAAACUGUUAACGAGGGAAUUCCUAAACACCACAAAGCCUUUUUUUCUCUAUGUGGCCUUCCACGAUCCGCACCGUUGCGGCCACACCAAUCCCGAAUACGGAGAGUUCUGCCAACGAUUCGGAAACGGAGAACCCGGCAUGGGUUCCAUACCGGACUGGCAACCGAUCAUCUAUCAACCGGAUGAACUAGAACUGCCCUAUUACUUGCCCAAUACUUGGGAAACCAGGCUGGAUGUGGCUGCGCAAUACACCACAAUGUCCAGGCUAGAUCAAGGUGUUGGCCUCGUCAUUGAAGAACUGAAAGCGUCCGGCCAUUUCGACGAUACUCUCGUGGUAUUUUCGAGCGAUAACGGAAUCCCGUUUCCCGCCGGUAGGACGAAUUUGUACGAUUCCGGAGCGGCGGAGCCCUUGUUUGUGUCGUCGCCGUUGCACGAGGAGCGCAAGGGGCAAAUCACCAAUUCGUUGGCUAGUUUGUUAGACAUUGUACCAACUUUGCUCGAUUGGUACGGGAUUAAAUACGAUGCUUCGAUUGAAAGUAACGAGGUGGAUUCGGUUUUGACGGGGAAAAGUUUACUGCCGCUUUUGGAGAAAGAACCCAGUGAUAAAUCGAAGGAGAUAGUGUUCGGCAGCCACAACUUGCACGAGAUCACCAUGUAUUAUCCGAUGAGAAUGGCCCGGACUCAAAGAUACAAAUUGAUUCACAAUUUGAAUUACUACUCGCCGUUUCCGAUCGAUCAGGAUUUAUAUUUAUCCCCUACGUUUCAAGACAUUUUAAACAACACGAAAACCCGACGAAACACUUUCUGGUAUAAAACGCUCGCAGAGUAUUAUAAGAGGCCCGAAUGGGAGUUGUACGAUUUGAAAUACGAUCCCGAGGAAUUGAAUAACAUCGUUAAAAAGAAUAGUUCGCAGGAGAUAUUUAAAGUACUAAAGGAUAGGAUAACUGAAUGGCAAAAGGCCACGAACGAUCCCUGGAUAUGUUCUCCUCACGGAGUUUUGGAGAACGUUGGAAGGUUUAAGGAUAAUCCGCAAUGUUUGGGUCUGGAUAAUGUGUGGUAA